AUGCCUGCUUCUAUGGAAAAAGUCUGCUCUGAGCGUCGCAGUGCUGCAUCUCGCAGAGCAAGCGUAGAACCUGCUGGUCCUAAUAUGGGUCAUCGUAGUGGCGAACUAGAUUCUGUAUUUUGCCUCUCCGCUAUCAAAAUUCAGAAGAUGCCGUCCACGAUGAAGAUAGGAAUAGGAGAAGUCCCGGCCCGUCGUACACUCCCCUCCACGCUCAAGGAUAUGCCCACCUCAGUCGCAAUGAAUCGCGCUAGCCAUGAACGUUUUCCGGUCGCUAGGUCAUCCGGCAGCGUACAAGCAAGAUCCCGCAUGACGUUUUCAUCCACACGUACGACAAGGAAAGAAGCAGCCGAAGCUCAAACGCAGACGGAAGUACGUGCGUCUCCGAGCUUUGGCCGAUCUGACUCGCGACAUUGUUAUCGUGUAUAUUCAUCACCAUACCUCUCGCCUUCAAACACAGGGCGGCCGACUGACCUGCCUAGACUCGUACUUGAUCCCACGUCAAGCUCCGAAGAUACGGACGUCCUUGAAGCAAUUCUGGUGAUGAUUCGAAAGGCGCCACCCCAGCGGUUUCCUGUCCGUGGGCACAACCCCUGCGGUUCCGCUGUCUCGGACAUGGCAAGAAAGCGCCAAGGGCCGUCUAGAGCUGCUUCCGAUAGCGACAUCCUGCACGACAUCCUGCUGGGGGGUGCUUUCGACAUCCUAGUAAACGCUUCCGUCCCAAAGGAGGAUAGGCGAGAAGUUGCAAGGGCCCCAAUCGUACAUUCUUGCAGCAACGGUCGUCAAACCGUUGGAGAUGGGGCUUUCUACACCGACAUGACUCCUAGCGUGCUUGCUGGCCUGGGUGGCGGUUUUGACACCCCUAAAGUGAAAUGCCCUCCCGACAGAGGGUCGUCAGACUGGGUGACAGACAGUCUGGCGUCAACGCUUUCCUCCUCACCUUCCGACACCUCAUCCACGCUAUCGUCUUUCGGAGCAGAAUCUAUUUCCAAAUCGAUCGUAUUUCCGCCCACCCCUCCGCCCGAGAUACCCAGUCCACCCAGCACCCCACUCCUCGGUUCUCUGCCUAGCGCCCCGAGGGCAAUUGUGGGCAAAAAUGCUAGCGCCCCCUUCCCCGAUAUCGCCACGCCGCCGCUUACGCCUGACGAUGCCGAAGAGGGGGAGGGCAGCAUCGCGGCGAUCAGCGCGAAGCAACACAACGCAGCACUCGACUUUCUCUCUGCCCUCUUUCCGCGCAACGCUCUUGGUGCGCUGCCGUACGCAAAGAAUGUCUCGAUCUCUGCCCCCAACUUGGGCGCCGCCUUCGAUGGUGUCGUGCUUCAGCUGCCGGGCAAGUCCAAGACGUUGUAUGUAGAUGGUAAAAGUGCGGCUAAUGUCAAUUUGCGGGAAAGCAUCGUUGCUCUUCUCGAUCUUGCGGACGAAAGUUUGCAGUGCUCUGCGCUGGUUAUUGCUCUGGAGAAGAAAUCGCCGUUCCUCGGUGAAUUGCUGCACUCCCUGAUGUACGUGGGAGGUACCGUCGUCACUAGACCACCAUUCCAGGUCGACCCUACAUACGUUUUGAUCGGCUUGGAAAUUUGA